UGCAGUAUCACGUGCAAUCGCGCCGGGUGCAGGAUGGCGGCGGCGGCCGCGGCGGCAGCAGCGCUGGGUGUCAGGCUCCGGGACUGCUGCAGCCGGGGCGCCGUGCUCCUGCUCUUCUUCUCCCUGUCACCUCGGCCCCCAUCCGCUGCUGCCUGGCUGCUGGGUCUGCGGCCCGAAGACACAGCUGGAGGCCGUGUAUCCCUGGAGGGGGGCACCCUGCGCGCGGCCGAAGGCACCAGCUUCCUCCUGCGGGUCUACUUCCAGCCUGGGCCGGCGGUCCCCUCCGCGCCUGUGCCUGCACCCUCCCUGGCCCCGGGGGAGAACGGCACAGGCGAUUGGGCCCCGCGGCUCGUGUUCAUCGAGGAACCCCCCGGUGCGAGCGGCGUGGCGCCCAGCGCGGUCCCCACGCGUCCCCCGGGACCGCAGCGCUGCCGCGAGCAGAGCGACUGGGCGUCGGAUGUGGAGGUCCUGGGGCCCUUGCGCCCCGGGGGCGUGGCGGGCUCGGCCCUGGUCCAGGUGCGGGUGCGGGAGCUGCGUAAGGGCGAGGCGGAGCGCGGUGGCGCGGGCGGCGGCGGGAAGCUCUUUUCGCUGUGCGCCUGGGACGGGCGCGCUUGGCACCACCACGGCGCCGCCGGCGGCUUCCUGCUGCGCGUCCGCCCGCGGCUCUACGGCCCGGGUGGGGACCUGCUGCCGCCCGCGUGGCUGCGAGCGCUCGGGGCGCUCCUGCUGCUGGCCCUGUCCGCUCUGUUCAGCGGCCUGCGCCUGAGCCUGCUCUCGCUGGACCCGGUGGAGUUACGGGUGCUGCGGAACAGUGGCUCGGCCGCCGAGCAGGAGCAGGCGCGCCGCGUGCAGGCCGUGCGCGGCAGGGGGACCCAUCUGCUCUGCACCCUGCUCCUGGGCCAAGCCGGUGCCAAUGCCGCGCUGGCCGGCUGGCUGUAUGCCUCGCUGCCGCCGAGCGUCGGGGGCACCGGGGAGGACUAUGGCGAGGCGGGGGUUCACUUCCCGUGGCUUCCAGCGCUCGUGUGCACCGGCGCGGUGUUCCUGGGAGCCGAGAUCUGUCCCUACUCAGUGUGUUCACGGCACGGGUUGGCCAUCGCCUCGCACAGUGUGUGCCUGACCCGGCUCCUCAUGGCUGCUGCCUUUCCGGUGUGCUACCCGCUGGGCCGCCUCCUGGACUGGGCGCUACGCCAGGAGAUCAGCACCUUCUACACGAGGGAGAAACUGCUGGAGACUCUGCGGGCCGCGGACCCUUACAGCGACCUGGUGAAGGAAGAGCUCAACAUUAUCCAGGGCGCCCUGGAGCUGCGCACUAAGGUGGUAGAGGAGGUGCUGACCCCCCUUGGGGACUGCUUCAUGCUGCGCUCCGACGCUGUCCUUGACUUCGCCACAGUAUCCGAGAUCCUCCGCAGUGGCUACACUCGCAUCCCUGUGUAUGAAGGCGACCAGAGGCACAAUAUUGUGGACAUUCUGUUCGUUAAAGACUUGGCCUUUGUGGACCCGGACGACUGUACCCCGCUGCUCACAGUCACCCGCUUCUACAACCGGCCCCUGCACUGCGUCUUCAAUGAUACCCGGCUGGACACGGUGCUGGAGGAGUUUAAGAAGGGAAAGUCUCACCUGGCCAUUGUCCAGAGAGUGAACAAUGAAGGCGAAGGGGACCCUUUCUAUGAGGUGAUGGGCAUUGUCACCCUGGAGGACAUCAUAGAAGAGAUCAUCAAGUCAGAGAUCCUGGAUGAAACUGACCUCUACACUGACAAUCGGAAAAAGCAGAGGGUUCCUCACCGAGAGAGGAGGCGGCAUGACUUCUCUCUGUUCAAGCUCUCGGACUCAGAGAUCAGAGUGAAGAUCUCGCCACAGCUAUUGCUCGCCACGCACCGCUUCAUGGCCACAGAAGUGGAGCCCUUUAAGUCUCUCUACCUUUCGGAGAAGAUCCUGCUCCGGCUACUGAAGCAUCCCAACGUGAUCCAGGAGCUGAAGUUUGAUGAGAGAAAUAAGAAAGCCCCAGAACAUUACCUCUACCAGCGCAGCCGCCCUGUGGACUAUUUUGUGUUGCUUUUACAGGGUAAAGUGGAGGUGGAGGUUGGCAAGGAAGGCCUUCGCUUUGAGAACGGAGCCUUUACCUACUACGGCGUUCCUGCCAUCAUGACCUCGGCUUGCUCAGAUAAUGACGUGCUGAAGGUUGGAAGUCUGGCCGGAUCCUCUGUCUUUCUAAACCGGUCCCCUUCUCGCUGCAGCGGCUUGAAUCGCUCCGAGUCUCCGAACCGAGAGCGCAGUGACUUUGGCGGGAGCAACACACAGCUGUACAGCAGCAGCAACAACCUCUACACACCUGACUACUCGGUGCACAUCCUCAGCGAUGUGCAGUUUGUGAAGAUCACACGACAGCAGUACCAGAAUGCACUCACGGCCUGCCACAUGGACAGCUCGCCCCAGUCCCCAGACAUGGAGGCUUUCACUGAUGGGUACUCCACCAAGGCCCCUACGACCCGGGGCACACCCCAGACUCCAAAGGAUGACCCAGUCCUCACACUCCUGAGCAACAGGACCAGCUUGCCGUGCAGCCGCUCAGAUGGUCUGAGAAGCCCCGGGGAGGUGGUGUACCUGAGGAUGGAGGAAAUGGCCUUCCCCCAGGAAGAAAUGGCCGACUUUGAGGAGAACAAGACACACCAGCUCUCGCUGUCCCCUGCGGCUGUUCCCACAACAGAGACCGAAUGCUGUAACAUCCACCUGGAGCCAGAGGCCAGCCCCAGCAGCAGCGACUGUGAGGAAACCAUGGGCAAGAAGCUGCUAAGAACCUUGAGUGGCCGGAAAAGGAAGAGGUCAGCAGAUGGAGAGAAAGCCUCUGAGGAAAACUCCAAUUUAACACCUCUGAUCACCUGACGAGGGGAAGACCUCACUGGCCCGCGUGUGAAAUUCCAAGGCUUUGGGGAAGACCCACCCUCCCAUCACCUGCUUCCCCCAAGGCCUCCCACGGUGACAGAACAUCCUGCCCUCCACCUCACACCCCUCUCGGUCAGUCUGACAAGUUUUCCCAGUUGUCUCCAAUUUGACACAGAAGGAGAUGCCUGUGAUGGAAGAGGCUAGAAGUGGUCUUGUCCAUAGCAUAGUCCAGGACCGGCAGGGAGAUGACCCCAAGCUGGUAAUGCCUCUCUGAGGCUCCCAGGGAUAUUCUUUGUUCUUUGGUGUCCCUGGACCACAGGAGACCCACGUCCUGGAAUUGACCAUUCUUUCUUCCAGAACAAAAUAGCCCUUUCUGCCAUAGUUCAUGCUUAGGAUUAACUCUGGAGGUGAUGCGGGAGAGAGGUGUAUUCGAGUCUAGAGGAGCGGGUGUGAAGGUCAGCUCCAGGGAUGGACAGGGAUUCUUCUACCAGAACUUCAGAGUUUUGGGGACUCACUGUCAGUGACUGGAUUCUCUCUGAAGCCUGGGGAAGGGCAAGCGACAAAGGCUUGAGCCACCAUAUCUCCCCAGGACGUGUCAGCUUGGGCUUCCAGUAACUAAUCUCUCAAUAAGCCAGCUUCAGAAAAGGAGAAUCAGGGAGCACAGAGACCAAGUUGUGAGCCAGACAUGGAACUUCAGGUUUUAAGUGAAAAUCAAAGCAGGAAAAAAAAAAAAAAAAAAAAAAAAAACUUGUAAGUUGUUACAGUGACUUUAGCCAUGAUAAACCAAAGAGUGCCCAGGUCAGCCAGGAAGGAUGCCCCGUGCUGUCACGGGACUUCAGUGUGCUUGACACAGGAAUGUUGAAUGCUCACUUUUCUUUUUCACAUACUUCCCACUUACUAUAUCCCUUGCUGGUCAGCUAAGUAUCCCGAAAACCUACCUGGGUGUUGAGGCAGAUGCAAUUCCAGUCAUAACCACAAGGUGGCAGAAUGACCACGCGUAUCUACUGAGACUGUAGGUAUUGGGGAAACAGCCAGUCUGAGGGAAAAUGUAAGUCGAGUUUAAAUUUGAAUUUGAGUUUCUGGUUUAUUUCUCACCCUUUGCACACCUCCAGUCAGUGCCCAGAGAUGUAGUUCUGCCUGCUGCGUCUCCACUCCAUUCCCACGUCACCUUUUCCUCCCCCACAUUUGGUUACAGGCAGAUGGACAGCUGAUAAUUCCUCUACGUUAUUUGUGUCUCAAAGGAAAAUGCUCGCCCACAGGAACUUUAUUUAACUCAGGGGUUGUUAACCUGGGGCCACUACCCCAGGGGAGUCCGUAGUUUGACUUUAGAGGGCCUAUGACGCCCUUGGAACCGUCAGAACUUAGUGUGUUUGUGUGUUCCAGAGACUUGAAGCUUUCCUACCAGCCUCAAAGUUCCCAGACCCACAAAGGCUUUUAGUGGUUUGAAAUAGGGGAACUUUCAGCCCAGUGUUUCUGCAAUGCAGAGUGAAUAUUGGACACUUUGAGAAUGGUGUUUAAUUAUAAGUGGUCAGGCAUUCUUGUCAAUGGGGGAAGGUUGGUACUCACCAAGACAGGGUCCUCAGAAAUCUUUGGCACACCACACCGUAUGGUGCAGCCUACAUCCCAAAUAAAACACUUGCCCACUGUCUACCGAACCACAGCUGAUAUUGCCAAGAGGGCCACAGCCCCUGGGAGGGAAGAUUGGAGCCAGCGACGUCUCUUCUGUGUGUGUCACUGACUUCACACGCCACUCGCUUAGCCUGGCUGGAAGCUCAGCCAUGCAUGUUCUAGCUAACUCCACAGCCACCACCCCUGCCUGCUCUCCGUGGUCAGAACAGAUCGUGCCCACACUAAGUGCUGGGGGUCUCGGACCUAGGCCAAUAAGUGAUGAGUUUUGAACAAGAAUUUGCAAGGGAGCCUGCUGGACAAAAGCCGCUCCCUCUCAGUAUCCCUUAGGCCCUGAAGCCCGGCCACUGCUAUUGCGAUACCCCCCUCCCCCCACUGCAGAACCUCUAAGGAGCUGUCACCACCCCUUUCCCUAUCUCCCAAACCCCCAGAUUUUCUUCAGGUUAAGAUAAAUUUUAAAAAAAAAGAUUUUAAAAUAGAGCAUUUAUGAAGGCUCAAU